UUUCUGUCAGCACAUACAGGAGCUUUAAAAAAAAUUAUGUUACUACAAGUCCCAGAAUUCUCAUUCGACGGCGAGCGAAAGGUUCAAACAACCAGGCAGCACAUUUUGUGCACGUUUGUACCUCCCUUAGCGGACGCAGCUCAUUUUUGUGCAGGUGUUUUGCAUAAGGGAGCCCCUAGUUUUCGUCUCAACGGUGCAGCAGACGCUACCUGAAGUCAUGGCUGAUCAGGUGGCUGCCAUGUGCGAUCAGCUUAUUAAAGCUGUGAAUGUGAUAAUGGAUGCAGAAACAAGCCAAAUUCUCCGACUGGAGGCCCUAAAGUUUUGUGAAGAGUUUAAAGAGACAAACUCCUUCUGCGUCCCAUGUGGCGUACAAUUAGCCGACAAAGCCCAACCUGCUAUAGUGAGACACUUUGGUUUGCAAAUUCUGGAGCACGUCAUCAAGUUCCGAUGGAACAACAUGCAGCCGCAAGAGAAAAUACAUUUGAAAGAGUGGGCCAUGCAGCUGUUAUCAAAUGGAACUCAUUCUGUCUUGGAAGAGGAGAGCCACAUCAAAGAUGCCCUGUCACGAAUCAUUGUGGAGAUGAUAAAGAGAGAAUGGCCUCAACAUUGGCCAGAUAUGCUGAAAGAGAUGGAGGCUCUCACUAGCCAAGGGGGGGCACAGACAGAGCUGGUGAUGCUGAUCCUAUUGAGGCUGGCAGAGGAUGUGAUCACCUUCCACACGUUGCCCAUCCAGCGACGCAGAGACAUCCAGCUGACACUCACCCAAAACAUGGAAAACAUCUUCACUUUCCUGAUGGCCAUUUUGCACCUUAAUGUCGAGGACUACCGCAAGCUAAAAGGGUCGCCUGGACUUGAACUGCAGGCCAGAGCUCACUGUCGAGUCGCUGUGACUACGCUGAAUACGCUUUCAGGCUAUGUAGACUGGGUGUCUUUGGCAUUCGUUACUGCUGGAAACUGCCAUCUACUGGAGAUGCUGUGUCUGCUGCUUAGUGAACCAGAGCUGCAGCUGGAGGCAGCAGAAUGUCUGCUCAUCGCUAUCAGGCGGAAGGGUAAGCUAGAGGAUAGGAAGCCGUUCAUGCUGCUGUUUAAUGAUGUGGCCAUCCACUAUAUCCUUUCUGCAGCCCAGUCAGCAGAUGAACUGGCCAUUUGUAAGAAAACCUCAGAGUCACAAGCGGUGGUGGUGGAGCAGCGUUACAUCUUCCUGAAGAGGCUGUGUCAGGUCCUAUGUGCACUGGGAAGUCAGCUCUGUUCGUUAGUGGGUUCAGAUGUAGGGGUUAAUGUACCUGCAAAUCUCAACAAGUACAUGGAAGCCCUUUUAGCCUUCACUACACAUUCCAGUCAGUUUUUGAAGUCAUCUACUCUCCCUACAUGGGUGGCUUUGUUCAAACAUGAGAUUCUCUCGAAGGAAGCAGUUGUUGUGCAAAUGGUCAUCAAAUACCUCAGAGCAUCUAUGACCAACCUAGUCAAGACCGGGUUUCCAUCUAAAGAUGACAACCCAAGCUGUGAGUACUCCCGUGUCGACUUUGACAGUGACGAGGACUUCACCUCAUUCUUUCAUUCUUUUCGAGCGCAGCAAGGAGAGCUGGUAAGGAGUGCAUGUCGCAUUGUUCCUCUGGAGGCCUUUCAGAUAGCAGCAGAAUGGUUACAGUAUCAGAUUGCCAGCCCUACUGACGUCGGGGACACCAGGUCUAAGACUGCAGAGGACCUGUGCUCCUUCAUGUCUCCAUCAGUGAUCCAGUGGGAGGCCAUGACUGUCUUCAUGGAAUGCGUUGUCACACAGAUCUUGAAAAUUCUGGAAGAAAAGAACAUGCCCACAGAUCAGAGCAUGGAGCUGCUGCAGGCUGUGCUGAACUACGACACCAAAGAUCCACUCAUCUUGUCCUGUGUGCUCACCAACAUCUCUACCCUCUUCCCAUUUGUUAUGUACAGACCACACUUCUUGCCACAGGUCCUCUAUAAGCUGUUUAAAGCCAUCACAUUUGAGGUUGGGCAGGAUAGUAAGGUACCUCGGACAAAAUCUGUAAAGAACGUGAGGAGGCAUGCUUGUUCUUCAGUCAUCAGAAUAUGUCGGGAUUACCCAGAGAUCAUCUUGCCAUGUUUUGACAUGUUUUACAAUCACAUAAAGAAGCUGUUUUCAAGUGUCGCCACACUGACUCACACAGAGAAGUGUUCACUGAUGGAAGCUCUGGUGCUCAUCAGUAACAAGUUCAAUGACUUUGUGAAGCAGAAGGCUUUUUUAGAUGAACUAAUGGCCUCGGUUGUUGCAGAGUGGACCUCGGAUGAGAUGAGACGUGUGUUGUGGGACCCUGCCAUGUUCCUGUCUUUUAUUGGAGCUGAUCAGGUGGUCACUAAGCAAAGUACAGAUAUUGGCACAACAGGCCUUAAUAGGGGGCGGGUGAGUUUCUGUUUGUGUGCCAUAUUGGCAGUGGUGAAGCGGGUACGUUGUCCUGCAGACUUGGAGGAAGCCAAGGCUGGUGGCUUUGUGGUGGGCUACACUGCUGCAGGAGCGCCCAUCUACAGAAACCCCUUCACUGCCCAAUUUCUGGUCAUACUGCCCAACCUGCUGGCUUUUAUCAGGACUCAGAACAGUCUGUUCCUGCCAGAGAACAUGGCUCGGUUGAGUGAGACCUUCUCCAAGGCUCAUGAAGUGAUGGAUGCAGAGAAAAAUAUGGUUCUCGGUCUCUCUCAGCAUCUUCUAGAUAGUUAUGACUCCCCUGUGUAUAAAACCGACCUUGAGCACAUGCAGGGAUUUUUUCUCUCAUCGUAUGACAACUGCCUCGACCAUGUGCCUGACCACAGACUUCGCCCUAUGAUUCGGUUGUUUUGGAAGCAGUUGGUGCUAUCCUGUCCUCAGGAGUACUAUGACAGUCUCCUCUGCCCCCUGCUGGGCCCUCUGUUCUCCUACAUGCAGCAGAGGCUCAAUGUCAAAUGGCAGGUCAUUAACCAGAGGACCUCCGUCUAUGGUGAGGAGGAGGAGGAGGAGGUGCUUUGUCAGGAGAGCCAGGUGACACAGGAGAUGUUGGAGGAGCAACUGACACGCUCGUUAACCAGGGAAGUGCUGGAUCUUCUCGCUGUGAGCUGUAUUUCCAGAAAAGUGCCUGAAUCAGCAGCAAAUAAAGAGGAAAUAGAAGAUGAAGACGUGAUGAUGGAUUCGGUGCAGUCGACGCCUCCCGCCCAGUCCACAGAGGAGCUGACUGAGCUGGGAAAAUGCCUGACGAAACACGAAAACAUCUACAUGGCCCUGUUGACCCUCUCCUUCACCUCACUCUCAUGGAAGGACACAGUCAGCUGUCAUCGCACUGCUUCCAUGGUCUGCUGGACCCUUCUGCGGCAGGUCGCUGGGGGUAACUUGCUUCCCGAGGCAGUCACGUGGUUCUAUACCAGUGUUUUUAGGGCCCUUCAGGUUCAUGGGCAGCACGAGGUCUGCAACACCACCCUUUCUCAGCUGGCCAUGCUCAUCUAUGAAAGCCUGCGGCCUCGCUACAUAGAGCUGAGAGCAGUGAUGACCCAGAUCCCAAACAUCAGUGUAGAGGCUUUGGAUCAAUAUGAUCACAGGCUUAUGGACCCCAAUGCCCAGAAGGUUGGAGACAAGAAGAGGAGAGACCAGUUCAAGAAGCUCAUAGCAGGAACCGUUGGGAAAGCUUUGUGCCAGCAGUUCAGGAAGGAGGUUCAUAUCCGGAACCUUCCAUCGCUCUUUAAAAAGCCAAAGCCAGACGAGGAUGUACUGAAGAGUGAAGAAUUGGGCCUGACAACUCUGUUCUCCCCAGAGAAUUAUGCCCUGUAGGAACACAUAAUGGUUUUAAUGGACUUCAUACUGACUGAAGACGGAGUUGUGUACAAACCAAGGUUUCACUCGUCCUCCUUCACCUGGGACAGUGUGGUACUACUUAAUAUCUGUCAACACGGUCAUAUUUUAUUUUAAAUCUCACUGUGCCACAGAACUACUCACCUGGGUAAGGAAUGUCUUUUUAUAAUAUAGAUAUAAAUGCCAUAGUGUACUUCUGUUCCAUUCCCUGGCAUACCAGUAAAGGAGAAACAUGGGCUAUUUAAGUUUGCAGGAAAUCUUUAAAACAUGUCUUUCUCUCUCACAUUUCAAGAGGCAGUCUUAAAUAGCAGAAUAACAUCCCUUGAAUCAGGAUUAUUUUGCAUUCUGUCAUUUUAAUUUUGGCCUUUUUAUUUAAAGGCCAAUAUUUGCUCAGCAGCAAGCACACUAACCAUGUCCUAGAUUGAUGAAGCUAGGAUUUCAGAACUAGAGCUCAGCUGUGGUUUGAUUUGUGGAUUAGAAAUGGGCAUUUAAUGAUAUCCAAACUAGCAAAGCCACCAUAGUCACUAGUGUGUGUGUGUGUGUGUGUGUGUGUGUGUAUACACAUACAUAUUGCAGAGAGAUGGAGACAUUUAGUGCCCCCCAAAUUGUGUUGGCAGAUAUAUUGUAUGAUCACGUUGCUGCCAUCGCAGCUGUUAAAUUCCAGAGUCCUAAGGAAGGUAAUACAUAUCUAGCUCAGAUCCUGGUAUGUAGUUCUCUAUUUACCAUCAUUUCCUUUCGACUGGACAAGCGUGAAUGGCAGAUUCUGAUUCUGAAGGGUGUGGCACUCACUAUGAAGAGGUGAAUAUACUUUAUGGAAUCCAACCUUAAGAAGAAAAAAAAAAAAAAGCAGGUGGCUUGUGCAACCAUGAAUGGUUAUUGUAGAAUCAAAUAUGAACAGCAGUUUUCAUAUCAUGACAUCUUAAAUGGCCCAAGUACUGUUUGGAAUCUCUUUUUUUAAUGCAUAGCACAUAUCGUACUACAAAUCAUGCAUCUAUAUUUGGUGUCAAAACACUCAUGGUAUACUUGACAAAAGGUGACCAGGUAAUUGUGAGAAUCAAAAGCUAAUGAAAUGAAACUUUAAUGAAGAUCAUUUAACAGUGGACUGAACAACUAAUGUGUAGCUUAAUCCAAGUUGAUCUGAUUUCUACCUGCUCAGUUAAUAAUGAUCAUGUUUUUAGUGAUACUGUAUUUUCAUGGGGGGAAAAAAAAGAACCAGCACUACAUUCCUUCGGGUCAGAGGAUUGUUUUUAAGCAUCAUUUGUUGGAUGUAUUUUGCGCUUAUGGAGUGAAGAUGGUAAAACGUGUUUUUCAAAGUGUAUAUGGUGUAGAUUCAGACUAAAAUCAGUUUGGGUUAUUUUGGCUUACAGUGACGUCUAUUUAAAUGCCCAGGAGUAUAGACAUUUAUAAAACUUUGAUUAAUUGUUUCCCUUGUCUUUGUGAUGAUGGUUCACCUUUGGCCAUUUAAAAAAAAAUAUGCUUGUUCAACACUAAAAUGCUCUCAAAAGUUUUUUUUUUCUGUGUAGUAUGGUUUUAUAUUUUGCUUUCAAGUAAACUCAUUACAAAUUGUCUAAGAUUUGUCUUUUAAUUUUUUAUUUGGAAUAAAGUGACAAAUAUUUAGGGUUGUUUUUUCUUUUUAACUUUGCAUGUGGAUCACUCAGUAUUUAGCUAAAUGACCAAGAUGAAGUUAAGUUUGUAAAUAUAAUUUUGUUAAUUGCAAAAACAGCUGUAUUUUGAUAAUGUUUAAAUCAUGCAAAGAAAUAUUUCCACUCUUAAGACUAACAUAUUUUUAUAUGUAAUAUUUGUUUUUGUUUUUAAGAUAAAGGUAAAAUAAGUCUGCCACUUGCCUUUCAGCUCUCCCUCAUUGUCCUAUGCGGUGUUUUGGCCACAUUUACCAAUUUGUUAUAUCUAUAGAGAAAACAAUAUUAACACACUUCAGUAAGUUUGGAGUUUGACCUUUUGUGGUGCUUGUGAAUCAUAUUGCUCUGUAUGUAUAAUUGGUGUUUUUAGGGAUGAGAACUGAUGAUGAAGAUUCAUGUUACAAACAUCAAUUUAAGUAGUGGAAACAGACACACAUUCAGUUUUGAAAUUUACAAAACACUUCCCACUCCAAGUCGGUCGGGGGCAGUAACGCGCUGUUUGCCAACUGCGCUAAAAUACUGCAAAGAAGUGCAAUGAAGAAGAGCUGUGUAUAUGUUUUUAUCAUGGUUUAUUUUUGCUGUUGUAUGUUGUGUAUUUGGUGUUAUAAAAUGUAUUAGGAAUGAA